UUUUUAAGUUAGACUAUAUUUACUCAAAUUUAAUUAGAUUAGUUUUUAACACCUCUGCAUGACAGCAACAUACGAAUAAGUGGACAUUUCUCCCUACUUAUCGAUAUUUUCCAACCGGACCCCACACCCCAAUCCAAUUUGUUUCACCAGCACAUUAAACUCAGCCACCCGUGUGCUCUUUCCCUCCCCCCACUUUCCUCCACUCCCCCCUUUAAAUUCUUCCUCCCCCUUAAAAUCCCACUCUCAUUUUAAUUUCUUUCACCACUUUCCCAAAAAUUAAAAAAAAAAACAUGGACCUCUUUUUCACACUCACUCUCUCCCUCACCUUCACCCUCAUCUCCCUCCUCCUCUUCACCCUCCGCCGUAGGCGGUCCCACACCCUCCCCCCCGGUCAAACGGGUCUCCCCCUCAUCGGGGAGACCCUCCAACUCAUCUCGGCCUACAAAACCGAGAACCCCGAACCGUUUAUCGACGAUCGCGUUAAACGGUUCGGGCCCAUUUUCACCACCCAUGUUUUCGGUGAACCCACAAUAUUUAGCGUCGAUCCUGACGUUAAUAGAUUCAUACUCCAAAAUGAAGGCAAGUUGUUUGAGUGUAGUUACCCGGGUUCGAUCUCGAAUCUUCUUGGAAAAUACUCGCUUUUGUUAAUGAAAGGGAGUUUGCAUAAAAGGAUGCACUCUCUUACUAUGAGUUUUACUAAUUCUGCUAUUAUUCGUGAUCAUCUUUUGCUUGAUAUUGAUCGUUUGAUUAGCUUUAAUUUGGAGUCUUGGCCUUCUAAAGUCUUGCUUAUGGAGGAAGCUAAAAAGAUUACAUUUGCAUUAACAAUGAAGCAGCUAUUGAGUUUUGAUCCUUGUGAAUGGACCGAGAGCCUUAGAAAAGAGUACCUACUUGUUAUUGAUGGCUUCUUCAGCAUUCCCCUGCCUUUCUUCUCUACCACGUACAAUCGCGCCAUUAAAGCUAGGACUAAAGUGGCCGAGGCACUAAAUUUGGUGGUAAGGGAGCGGAGAAAAGCAAAGGAGAUAGGCGAUAGAAAAAACGACAUGUUAGGGGCAAUGCUCGACGAGGAGGCCGGUGGCGGACUCUCCGAUGAGAUGAUAGUGGAUUUUCUAGUGUCUUUGUUGGUGGCAGGGUAUGAGACCACUUCCACAACAAUGACUUUAGCAGUCAAAUAUUUAACCGAGACCCCUCUUGCUCUUGAUCAACUCAAGGAAGAACAUGAAAAGAUAAGAGCUAAGAAGGGUGAAGAUGAGCCAUUGCUGUGGACAGAUUACAAAUCAAUGCCCUUCACUCAAUGUGUUGUGAAUGAGACUUUACGCGUGGCAAACAUCAUCGGAGGCAUAUUUAGACGUACUACAUCAGAUGUUCACGUUAGUGGCUAUACAAUACCAAAGGGGUAUAAAGUGUUUGCGGCAUUUAGGGGUGUACAUAUGAAUGAUGAAUACUUUAAGGAUGCUCGAAAAUUCAAUCCAUGGAGAUGGCAGAGCGAGUCAGCAGCAUGCCCUCCUAGUGCAUUCACUCCGUUUGGUGGAGGCCCAAGAUUGUGCCCUGGCUACGAGAUCUCUAGAGUGUCAAUAUCUGUCUUCCUCCACCACCUCGUCACAAAAUAUAGUUGGGAGCCUGCUGAACAGGAUAAGUUGGUCUUCUUUCCUACAACUCGAACGCAAAAACGAUAUCCCAUUUAUGUGCAUCGCCGAAAUCCAGCAGUGUAAAGAAAAGGGAGGGAGAUGCAAGUUUAGAGUAUAGGAGAGCUGUAAAGAAGAUUGAAAAAGAAAAAGAAGCUUACAUGUUCAAAUCCAAAUAAGAAGGCGGAAAAGAAAAACAAGAUAAAAAUAGUUGAGGAGAGGUAAAAUUGGUUUAUAUAUCAAUGAGAUUAAGCUGCUCAAGUUGUUCAGGAAGUGAAACGAGCAGUUACUCUUAAUUCUUUUGGUGACUAUGUUCAAUAGUAAACAAUGAAAAACUUACACCAUUGUACAUGUUUUUACCAAUUGCUAUUAGUUAGGCCUAAUUUCUUCUUUUUGGUCA